UAUUCUUCGUCUUGUCAGAGUUACAUACAGACUGUCCCUCCUUUCACUGUCCCUUCUUCCAUCAAUAGAUCUGUAUCCUACGAGCAAAUCGGAGUCCGUGAUGAUCACAAUAACCUUUAUCAGACAUGGCCAGAGUGAGGACAAUCCGAGAGGAAUAUGGGCCGGAUGGAAAGAUGCACCACUUUCUGAAUUGAGUGUAAGACAAGCAAAGGCCCUGGGUGAACAUCUCUCAACCACGAAGAUCGAUCUCAUUUACUCCUCUCCCCUUCUGCGGGCUCGUCAGACUGGGGAAGCCGUGCAAAGCGGCCAGUCCGUCCAGCCCAUGCUAAUCACAAAUCCACAUCUACGGGAGCAGCAUUGGGGCAUCGCAGAAGGGCGCUCAUGGAGUAGUCAUGAUCCCCAGAACAUGCCUCUCGAAGAAGCUUUCAAUGUUGGCGUAUUUACAAGAACAGUUCUUAUCGAUGGCGACGGGAAGUUUCCUGGAGGAGAAAGUAGGAAUGAUUUAGCUGCUCGAGCAGAUAUCGCGGUCAAAGAAUGCAUCUUGCCGAAUCUCACGGAAGAAAAUUUUGAGAAUGGACUUCAUAUUGCUUUUACGAGUCAUGGUUUGUGUAUAGGCCAACUCAUUGCCGCUCUAUUGCGAUACGAUGCAUCCGCCGACGGGGAUAUAUCCUAUGAGGGCUUGGGGAACACCGCAUGGACACGAGUGGAGGUUUUUUUGGAUGCAAAUGAUGGCCCGGUUGACUUGAGUGUACGCCCUGCGCUUAAGAUCAACGUGACACACAUAAAUGCGAAGGAGCAUCUGGAAUGUUUAGAUCAGCCAGAUGUUCUACCUGACGGCAGGAGAGAAAAGGAGACAGCAGAAUUCUUGAGCGGGGGAGCAAUCAUUGCCAAGUACUAGUAGAGCUAAGGGAACGUGGAAAGUAGAUCAUCUCAAGAGUAUCCAAUUGUCUAUUCUCAAAUUAUAUAUGAGAG